GUUUCCUGAUUCAUUACCGCUCAACUCCGCCCCUCUGACGCAGAGAUCCUCUGGAUGGGACUGGUCUUCGUCCGGAGACGCAGCACGACAGGAGGUGAGUUUAGUUUAGUUAAGCAGGCUGGCUUAUCAGGUCGGUGAUCAGUCAAUACGGUGAGCUCCGGAGAACCUGUUGAACGGGAGAAAAGCAUGGAAGAGACGGGCGGUGCUACUGCGUACGGGGCUUCACUCGCAGGAGGAGGUUUCGAUUUCUACAAGUUCAUCCGACAACCGCAAACAAUCGUGCGGAUACUGAGUUGGAUAUUUGCCCUGGUGGUGUUUGCCACCAUCACAACAGAGGGAUAUGUCAACUCUCCCCACAGUGCCAACGCAAUGUGCAUCUUCAACCAAAACGACUCAGCGUGUCAUUACGCUAUUGGCAUCGGGGUGAUCGCCUUCCUGGCAUGUGUUGGCUUCCUGGUGUUGGACGCUUACUUGCCUUUCAUGAGCAACGCACAGGAGAGGAAGUACGCUGUCAUUGCAGAUCUGGGAUUCUCAGGGGCGUGGUGCUUCCUUUGGUUUGUGUGUUUCUGCUUUUUGGCCAGUCAGUGGGCUAAAACUCAUGAUGUUGGGGGUGUCCCAGAGGACGCCGCUCGAGCCACGGUGGCCUUCUCAUUCUUCUCUAUCGCCACAUGGGGAAUCCUGACCUACUGUGCGCUGUGCCGUUUCCGCCGCGGUGUUAAUGAAGUAACCAUCCCCACCUACACAGAGCCGCCACCAGACCACAACGCCCCUUACCCUCCGACCUACGCCCCCACCUCCUACAACCCCACUACCUACACCCCUACCACAUACGCCGCCUAUCCCAGCAGUGUGCCCGACAUGCACCAGCAGCCGAACCCCCCGCCGCAAGGAGACGCUGGCUACCAGCCGCCCAGCUACUGAGACAAAGGGAGGUCACAUGGACCAGAUCAUCUGUUGGUACACUGACUGUAGUUGCACUGCACAGACCCAGAGCUACAUCAUAUUGAUGUGGUUCCACAUUUGAUUCAACACACUUUUCCAAGUGUUGUCCCAUUUGAGAGCCUGAGCAGUGCAACUGCAAGUUAGAGACGAGGGGCACUGCUGUUUACGUCAAAGGGUCGGCAGUCGGAUAUCAAGAUGUCAGGCUGACUGUUGAGAAUCUGACCUUAGACCUGUGUGCAAAGACGCAACUUUUUUUUACCUCAAAUGGGCUGAUCCUGAAGGGGAGUGGUGGAUAGAAUGUACCCUGGAGGUCAAAGGUCACAAACAAUGUGACUUUGUGAAUUAGUGAAUUAAGUGUUCCUCUUUACUCUCUGGUGGAACCUGUGAAUCUGCAUUUGUACAUAAAUUUCACCUUACAAAGCUUCCCUUUUAAUGGUUCUAUGUGCCUGAUUUUCUUUGCUUAUUCGGUUUAGUGUAUGUUUCCCCUUCAGUUCAUUUGUCUUUUAAGACCUUUAAACAGUUUAGGAUGUAUUAAAUAAACAGAUGAUUUUGUGAGAGUAGAGCACAGUUGGAAAAGACCACUAUAAAGCCAAAUGCCCACUGUGAUUUAGUUUGUUUGUAAAAGACGGUUUCUUUAGAGAUUAUUUAGUUAUUCGUGGCCAUUUGACCAUAAAAAAGCACAGGUGCCAAUCUGUAGAGGAGUUUAUUGGAUGUUCAUGGUCGGUGUUGCCCUUUAAACUUGUGUCUUACGUUCAGAUAGAAAGGAGGGAGGAGAAUGUAGUCAACUUAUUGAACAGCUUUAUCCACCAAGCAUGUCCUCAUACUGAAGAGUAACUUAUUAACUCCCAAAAACAAUGCUCCCUCAGAGCAGCCACACACUUCCUUCAAGGUCUUAGUGACAUUUAGUUUUCUGAACACUUCUGUUUACGGGCCUCUUUAUCUAAACUGUUGAAAGCAGACUGCCCCAGCUGUAUCUUUACCAAUGACAGAUUAACACCUGCAACAGUGAGAAUCAAAACAGCUGUCAUUAGACAGACUACUGGUUUACUCUGUUGAUUUGUUCCUGACAGAUUUUGAUCUAAACUGACUCUAGAUCUGCAAAUGACAGACCAGCAAUUGAAUGGGGUUAUAUAUAUAUCAAACAUGACUUGAUUUGUCAUUUGUGCCUUAAGGAGAAAUUUUAAAUCAAAGGGUUUUGGGGGAAGGAAAGUGAGUGAGUGUCAAAUGUGCCAUGAUUAAAUAUUAAAGCCAAGCUGUGCAUCACACUUCCCCUAUGUUUUUUUUUUGCAAAGGCUGAUUUUAAUGCUCUGGAAAAAUCAGUUGACUCUGUUCUUCAGUCAACAAUUAAAAUCCAUAUAUCUAUCUGCUGGUGAAGACUGCAGCUCGUCAUCACACAACUUAAAUCAAUUAACUGACAGGAAAUCUCUCAAUUGUGCCUUUUAGAUUUACUGUCCAAAUAUAGCUUUGUUAUGGUAACAAGGUAAUGCAAUUAAUAUUUUGUGGCACAUCUGACAUUUUUGCUAAAUUUAUUUGAUAUUUGUAAAUUUUCCAUUUAGAUUUCAUGAAGGUCCAUGUUUAAGAUUAGUGGAUGGGUGAUUUGUGAUGCUUAAAAUAGUUUUAUAAAAACUGGCAAAAACACUGGCGAGUUUGAUUUGUUUUUCUAUUUUCCUCUUAUGACGGUUGUUAAAUUGCCAUGUGCUCCCUUGUCUUUACUUUUUGUAAUGUCAGAAUAAAAUCAUCUACAGGCUGUUCAGUUAUA